CUCUCAACAUCGACCAGAAUGGCUGAAUCCGGAGAGAAGAGCGGUAACCCCAUGAAGGAGCUUCGCAUCCAGAAGCUGGUCCUCAACAUUUCCGUGGGAGAGUCUGGAGAUAGAUUGACUCGUGCUGCGAAGGUGCUGGAGCAAUUGAGUGGUCAAACUCCUGUCUACAGCAAGGCCCGAUACACUGUCCGAACCUUCGGCAUCCGUCGUAACGAGAAGAUCGCCGUACAUGUCACUGUCCGUGGACCAAAGGCUGAGGAAAUCUUGGAACGUGGAUUGAAGGUCAAGGAAUACGAGCUCCGCAAGCGUAACUUCUCCGAGACUGGCAACUUCGGCUUCGGUAUCAGCGAACACAUCGAUCUCGGUAUCAAGUACGACCCUGCGAUUGGUAUCUACGGAAUGGACUUCUACUGCUGCAUGACCCGUCCUGGUGAGCGUGUUGCCAAGCGUCGCCGAUGCCAAACCAAGGUUGGAUCCGCCCACAAGAUCAAGCGUGAUGAGACUGUCAAGUGGUUCAAGAACCGAUUCGAGGGUAUCGUCAGAUAAGUGGUGAAAAUGGUUGAUGAUAUGGGCGCUGGAGUAAACGAUUAUGCAUGGGCGGGGGCUACAUUGGCUGUAUUUUACUGAAUCUACGGAUCAGGACACAAUGAAGCAGUUUGCCUAAAACUGUUCAGCUCAUUCCUUCGGAAUGAGCUGCGGCCUAAGAGACCGACCGGCUUGCCGGCUUUUUGCGAGUACCGAGUGAGAAAUUGUGAUAUUGAGAGGGAUAAUCAUUCUUCUGUUUCCGGUUGUGCUUAAGCAUAUCUAUGGUACACCCCUUCCAAGCGGCACUAAGGGUCAUCCUUCUAAAGAUUGAGCGAAGUAUUCUCGAUUGUACAACCAUUUUUUCCGUCAAAUAUCACAAGUAGGUCCCUCCAAGUCUAAGAAGUUACCUUUCACUCAAUACCAAGCACCAAUAUUCAUAUAUCCAAAUUUCUUCCUCGUUGAUAACCAAUUUAC